AACAAAGAAUUGUGAAAUCAAGGCAAGAAAAAAUUAAAUUAGAUUUAAAGUAAAGGUACGCGUAAGGGAUUCCAGCAAUCCUACAGGUGGUUGCGGACGAAUUCACCUGACCAUGGAUACUUCAAACUGGAAUUCACUGGUUGCUGAUACUUCAUGGGGUGCCAUCUAUAUUCGAUGAUGCGCGAACAGAAAACCUGGCAGUUGCAAACGGCAAUUGAAUUUUCCGGUUCACCCACCUGACGAUAUUCCGAUUCUCCUUUUUCACCGUGACUCAUGACAACCGUUCCACUCCGCCUCGUUAUAGAAGCUGCAUAUUUGCAAGUUACCCGAAACAUUCUUCAGAAAUAUCUGAUUUAUACAGACGAAGAAACAUUUUCUUGGCUUCAAUAUUCUCGACAAAAUGGUUUCUCGAAUUUCGAUGGAAAAUUAAAGACGAGGUCAAGUGGAUCAAGUUUCUCGUUAACGAAGCCGGUCAUAAUUAUAAGAGCACUGCGAUCGCGUCAGUCAGAUGCCCCGUCAGUUUCCCUCGAAGCGGAUCGUUCUUCGUGGAGAAAAUUGAAUCAGAAAUCGUCGGCAACAAAAUGGAGGCGGGAAAACCACGACGAGACGAAAGGAACUUUAUUGACGCGAUAUAUGGAUGACUAUACCGGCGACUUCUCCCCGCGGAUUUCGAAGUCUAAGGAAUAAAGGAAAAGCAUUGAAUGAAAAAUCCUGUUGUCCGAGAUCGAUCAUAGAAGCAGCGAGAAAUUCUGUUUUCACGUGUGUCGAUAAAGCUCGAUGUUGCAUCGACUCGAUUCACGUGCUUUCAAUGUAAUAAAAGCUAAAUAAAUUGCUCGGUAAAGGACGACCGAGGAGCUUGAUGGAUGAAGACACCGAGCUCGAAGGAAAUCCAAUAACAACGAACCGUUUUCAAGAGAUUUCACAAUCGUUCUCGUCUAUUCUAUGCUCCGCCGUCAUCGAUCUGUGUUUCUCUUAUCUGUUAUCAGUGCACGCAUAUGUUCCGCGUUUUAUCUCGACGAUCGAACCGCGACAAAACGAGGGAAAUGCGUUUCGUUGUAAUUUCACGGCGUACUAUUUUUUUCCGCGAAACAAUCCUCUUACCGAGAGAACUCAUUUUUCAACCGGAACACGUUUCCAUACGAAAUGGUAGAAAUCGUUUGAACCGCGACACAACUUUCGGAGCAUGCAAAUUAUCUAGGGAUAUUUUAUUUCCUUUGAAAGAAUUUUCGGAAAACGGAAUAUUUCUGAUGCACCGAGGUACUUUUGACGGAUUUAAAAUGUCGUAAUUGCGCUUGGGAAAUGUGGUUUAAUUACAAAAAAAAAUGCGAUCAUGUCUCCGUGAGUUGGUAAAAGUGCAACAAUUUUAUCCUUUGACAUCGGUAAAUCUUCUGGGUAAAGGGAUUAAUCGAACGAAAUACGAUCAACAAAUGUUACCGGGGUAAUGCAGCUCUCCCGUUAAUUAGACGUCAAAUUCAGCAUUCUGUGAUUUUAACAUCGGUGGAAUUCGUUCACUAGUCUCUGUUACGUCGCGUUCGUUAAUUACAGUAUUCAAGUACUUGGCAGAUAUUCUACAUCCAGUCUGUUCUAUAUUCUAUGAUCUAACAGGGGUUUUAACGUAUUAUCUUAUAAUUAAAUUUCGGCGAGCGAUAGAACAAUAUUAUUCGAACCUGCAUAUUCGAAAUAGGUAAUGUUAGGUUGACGAGUAUGAAACUGAACGUACAGACGUAAACAUCGAAAUUCAUCUUUUAUUUGCCGUUUCAUUGAAAUUUCAAUAUUGGGUCAAUUUAAACGAUGCAGCUCCGUGUUUUAUUUACAAUAUCGGUUCGUUACAAUCUCCUUAUUGGUUUUAUGGAUUGACCUAUUUUGUAGAAUUUUUGUAGAAAAUUCCCGUAGUUUAUGAAUAUGUAUCUGUCGCAGAGACAUGGAUGAUCCAGCUAGCGUAUAUAAAUGAUUGUUUCAAGGAUAUUAAG